UGAACACUCCCUCCUCUCCUCCUCCUCCUCCUCCUCCUCCUCCUCUACUACACAUUAAAUCAUAAAGACACUCCGUACCCAACUCAUUCCCAAAUCCGCAGUCUCCAUCAGCACUUCUGCUCCUCUCUCCUGUGUGAUUCAUCUUGCAAAUCAGCCGCCAUGGUUUCCCAUAAGGAGUUUGCGGGUGCAGGAAAGCAGCCAGGGCUGGAGGUGUGGCGCAUUGAGAACUUGGACCUAAAGCCAGUGCCCAAGACCCUGCAUGGCUGCUUCUACACCGGGGAUGCCUACCUGCUGCUCUACACCACCUCGGCCCCUUCAUACAACAUACACAUGUGGCUGGGGGACGAGUGUUCACAGGAUGAGAGUGGAGCUGCGGCCAUCUUCGCCAUGCAGCUGGACGACUUCCUCGGCGGAGGGCCAGUGCAGUACAGGGAGGUGCAGAACUCCGAAUCCAACACCUUCCUGGGGUACUUCAAGUCAGGAAUCAAGUACCAGAAAGGAGGUGUGGCCUCAGGUUUUCAGCAUGUGGUGACCAAUGACAUGAACGUAAAGCGCCUGCUGCAUAUCAAGGGUAGGAGGGCCAUUAGAGCAACAGAGGUGGAAAUGGCCUGGAGCAGCUUCAACAAGGGGGACUGCUUCAUUGUUGACCUGGGAAAGGACAUUUAUCAGUGGUGUGGCAGUGAGUGUAACCGUUUUGAGAGGUUGAAGGCCUCCGAGGUCAGCAUCGGCAUCAGAGAUAAUGAGCGAAACGGCAGAGCCAAGCUGCACAUGGUGGAGGAGGGGGAAGAGCCAGCAGCAGUCGUAGAGGCUCUUGGGCCCAAAGCUACCAUUGCUCCCAGCACUCCUGAUGAUGAGAAGGUGGACAGCUCCAACAGGAAGAAGGGUGCCCUCUACAUGAUCUCUGAUGCAUCUGGUACAAUGAAGGUGUCCUCUGUGGCUCCAUCCAGUCCUUUCAAACAGGCCAUGCUGUCUCCUGAGGAGUGCUACAUCCUGGACAAUGGGGUGGAUGGGAACAUCUUUGUCUGGAAAGGUCCCAAAGCCAACAUGUCAGAGCGUAAGGCAGCAAUGUCAGCCGGUCAGCAGUUCAUCAGAGACAAGGGUUACUCCAAUAAAACAAAGAUCCAAGUACUUCCUGCAGGAGGCGAGACAACUUUGUUUAAGCAGUUCUUCAGUGACUGGAGGGACAAGGAUGAGACUACAGGCCCCAGUAAGGCCUACACCAUCGGCCGCAUAGCCAAAGUGGAGCAAGUGCCCUUUGAUGCCUCCACCCUGCACUCCAACAAGACCAUGGCAGCCCAGCACGGCAUGGUGGAUGAUGGCAAGGGCAAGGUCCAGAUUUGGCGUGUUGAAAACGGUGAAAAGGUGCCUGUGGAUCCCUCCUCCUAUGGUCACUUUUAUGGUGGAGACUGUUACCUCAUCCUGUACAGCUACAGACAGGGUAGUCGUGAGCAACACAUCAUAUACACCUGGCAGGGGCUGAAGUGCACACAGGAUGAGCUGGGAGCCUCUGCAUUUCUCACAGUGAAGCUCGAUGACUCAAUGGGCGGAUCCCCGGUUCAGGUGAGAGUGACUCAGGGUCAGGAGCCUCCACACCUGAUGAGCCUGUUCCAGGGCAAACCCAUGAUCAUUCACAGCGGGGGAACAUCACGCAAAGGUGGACAGUCACAGGCUGGCAGCACUCGCCUCUUCCACAUCCGGCAGAGCUCUUCCCGUGCCACCCGGGCUGUGGAGGUUGAGGCCUCUGCUUCUAAUCUGAACACCAAUGAUGUGUUUGUGCUGAAAUCGCCUAACGCCCUGUUUGUCUGGAGGGGCAUGGGUGCCAGUGAGGAGGAGAUGGAGGCUGCCAAGCAUGUGGCGAGCUACCUGGGUGGCAGUGUCAGCCAGGUGUCAGAGGGCAAGGAGCCAGGUGACUUCUGGUCUGCUCUUGGCGGCAAGAAGGAAUACCAGACCUCUAAGAGUCUGCAGAACAUGGUCAGUCCCCCGCGUCUGUUUGGCUGCUCCAACAAAACUGGAAGACUGAUUGUUGAAGAAGUACCAGGAGACUUCACUCAGUCAGACCUGGCCACUGAUGAUGUCAUGCUCCUGGACACCGGGGACCAGGUCUUCCUUUGGAUCGGCAAUGAUGCUAAUGCAGAGGAAAAGACUGGAGCUCCCAAAAUAGCAAAAGACUACGUGGACUCAGAUCCAUCUGGCCGCCGAGGACUGCCCAUCACCACCAUCAAACAGGGAGCAGAACCUCCAACUUUCAUUGGCUGGUUCCAUGCUUGGGAUCCCAAAAUGUGGGACACAGACCCAUUGGGCAGAAUCCGUGCCCGUUUCUGAACACAAAACUCCAGGCUCUCUCUACCGGUCCAACUCCUUACCUGUCCUGCACUUCUUAUUGCUAUUUUGUUUAUCUAAAGUCAGAUCCCUCAGUGCCAAAUCCAAUGUUAUCACUCUGAUCAGGUCGAAUGGCUGCCUCUAUGCCUUGGUCACGGUGCAGUGCAUCGGACUUUGCGAACAAGAAUGAAUGCAUCACACCAAUAGUCAAAUGGCUUCCAGUAACAUUAUCUUUCAGCGACAGAGGUGGUUUAUUGAUCUGCUGGAUCGAACAGCUCGUUGACUUCACGUCUUUAUUUAAGCCCAUAAUAUGAAUAAGAAAUUAGGAAGGGAAGCCAUGUUAGACAGCUGGAGAUGUCCUCUGUUUGUCUCUGUUCCUGUUCACUGCUUUUCCCUGUUCGGAAAACACCAUCAUGCUCUUCUUUAUCUUUCUUCACUGUCUGUUUUUCAUAAUAAACUACUAUGUCAGACAGAAACAGUUUAGCCCAUUAAUACACUGUCUACAUGUGUUGUGUUGAAUCAUUGGUACUGCAAUAUUGUACACUUGCUAGAAGUUGCAUGCUGCAUUUUUUUUUAUCAUAUUCUAUGCUUUUGGAUUUUAAAAGGCGUACAGUAUUAUGUACUUGACCCUGAAAUGCUCACAUGGAUGGCUUUUAAAUAAAACAUCCAGUAUUUCAAA